AAAAUAAAAAAAUUUUUUUUUUCCCUAUUUUAGAGAGUAAUAAUAGUACUUUGUUGGUGCUGCACUCUCUACUCACAAUUAGGGUUUCUUUGAAACGUUUCGAAAUCCUGUGCCGCAGCCAUCAUGGUUCUUCAGAAUGACAUCGAUUUGCUUAACCCUCCGGCUGAGCUUGAGAAGAGAAAACACAAGCUCAAGCGUCUUGUUCAGUCUCCUAACUCUUUCUUCAUGGAUGUGAAGUGCCAAGGAUGCUUCAACAUUACCACUGUAUUCAGCCACUCUCAAACCGUCGUGGUGUGCGGAAACUGCCAGACAGUAUUGUGCCAGCCGACCGGUGGUCGAGCCAGGCUGACUGAGGGCUGCUCUUUUAGGAAGAAAGGGGAUUAAAACGGUGUGACAUCCUUUUAGACUGUAAAGUUUUGCUGUUCUAAAAUAGGAUCAAUGCCUUUUGUCUUUGUUUCAGUUUUCUCUAGAACUUGAUGAUACCACUUAGCCUUUUCAUCAUAUUGCAUAUGGUUUUGGUAGAUUUUUAAUUUUAUCUUUCAAUGUUGGAUUCAUAUUACUCAGAUUCUUCAAUGAUUGUUAUGCAUGUGUUGUAGUUCUUUGAUCUUGA